ACAAACAAGAACAAGAAGAAAACGCCCACAACUGCCAACGCACACACACACAAAACACACCAUUUUUUUAAUUCGGUUAUUAAUUUAGAUGCAAAUUCGCCUUUUACUCUCUUUUUUCUUCUUCACUUCAAGAAAAAACCCAAUCAAAACCCCACUCUCUGUCCCCAACUUUUUCCGAUCCAUCAAUAACUGCUACUCAACGUCGUCGUUUUACACUCGGAGAUCAUCGGCAGCUCUUGUUCCACUUAGAAUGGCGGUUCCUCCUAAGCUCGCCUCUUCUUUUACCGCCAUUGCUGCUGCUGGUAGUGGUUUAAGCAGUAGUGAAGUAGGCGUUGCUUCUAAAUUGUGGAUCAAGUACCGCCGUGAAUCGGUUUUCGCUGCUUAUACUCCGUUCGUCGUCGCUUUAGCCGCUGGUAAUCUCAAGAUUGAUGCGUUUAGGCAUUACAUCUCUCAGGAUUUUCACUUCCUGAAAUCCUUCGCUCACGCAUAUGAAUUAUCAGAAGACUGUGCUGAUGAUGAUGAUGCAAAGCUAGCAAUCUCUCACUUGAGGAAGGAUGUCUUACAGGAGCUAAGAUUGCACAAUUCAUUUGUACAGGAAUGGGGUAUAGAUCCUUCCAAAGAGGGUAAUAUAAAUUCCGCAACUGUAAAAUACACAGAUUUCCUAUUAGCUACGGCUUCUGGGAAGGUUGAAGGAGUAAAAGGUCCUGGUAAGCUUGCAACUCCUUUUGAAAGAACAAAAGUUGCUGCAUACACUCUUGGUGCCAUGACACCUUGCAUGCGGCUGUAUGCCUUUCUUGGUAAGGAACUCCAAUCACUUACAGAUUCUAUUGAUAGUUCUCAUCCUUACAAAAAGUGGAUUGACAGCUACUCCUCAGAGGGUUUUCAGGCUUCAGCACUGCAAACUGAAGACUUGUUGGAUAAACUUAGUGUUCCUCUGACAGGCGAAGAGCUUGACAUCAUUGAUAAGCUUUAUCUCCAGGCUAUGAAACUUGAAAUUGAGUUCUUCAAUGCACAGUCACUUGCUCAGCCCACAGUGGUUCCUUUGACAAAAGCGCAUAACCCUGAAGAAGAUCGGAUAGUGAUAUUUUCUGAUUUUGAUUUGACAUGCACCGUUGUUGAUUCUUCUGCCAUUUUAGCAGAGAUUGCUAUUGUAACAGCACCAAAAUCUGAUCAGGCUCAAUCUGAGAAUAAAAAUGCUAGGAUGUCAUCCUCUGAGCUGAGGAAUACUUGGGGUCUUCUCUCUGCACAGUACACAGAAGAGUAUGAACAAUGCAUCGAAACCAUUCUGCCCUCGGAACAAGUGGAGUUCAACUAUGAAGCUCUGUGUAAGGCACUUGAGCAGCUUUCAGACUUUGAGCGAAGAGCAAACUCUAGAGUGAUUGAAUCUGGAGUUCUCAAGGGCCUGAAUCUUGAAGACAUAAAACGGGCUGGUGAACGUUUGAUUCUUCAGGAUGGCUGCACUAGCUUUUUCCAGAAAAUAGUGAAGAAUGAAAGUUUGAAUGCUGAUGUGCAUGUGCUUUCUUACUGUUGGUGUGCUGAUCUCAUCAGAUCUGUUUUCUCAUCAGCAAGGGGUUUAGAUGUUCUGAAUGUACAUGCAAAUGAGUUUGCUUAUGAAGAAUCAAUCUCCACGGGCGAGAUUGUGCAGAAGGUGGAAUCUCCUAUAGAUAAAGUACAAGCUUUUCUCAAUAUCACGAAGAAUUAUAGCAUAGAAAGAAAAAACAUGAUUGUGUAUAUUGGAGAUUCAGUUGGUGACCUGCUCUGUCUACUUCAGGCGGAUAUAGGGAUUGUGAUUGGAUCUAGCUCAAGUUUAAGGAGAGUUGGUAGUCAGUAUGGUGUAUCAUUUUUACCAUUGUUCCCUGGCUUGGUUAAAAAACAGAAAGAGUAUACAGAAGAAAGCUCUUCUAAUUGGAAGGGGCAAUCCGGCAUUUUAUACACAGUUUCUAGUUGGGCCGAAGUACAUGCCUUUGUUCUGGGAUGGUAGAAUUGUUUUUAUUCUCACUCUUCUGCAAUUCAGUUAGGACAACUUAAGGAAUCAUCCAUAUAUAGUGGAACCUACAAAUCGGUGGCCUGUUUUAUUGGGGGCUGCAGAUCUACUUUUGUUUCGUUUUCUUUUUACAGGGUCAUCCAUUUCUGAUAUAUGGUUUCAUUCUGUUGGCUGGAUAUUGCUUGAACUGGGCAUCCAGAGGUUAAGGCAGCACGGGAUGUAAGUCGAUAUUUGUCAAUUUGUCCAUAUGAACAUUUUCAGGUAUACAUACCGGCACUGCUAUAGUUAUGUGCUAUUCAUAUGCCAAAUGCUAUACAGCAUUUGACAAGGAUUAGCAAUUCUGUUUUGAUGCUUUUCUGUAGCUCGACUACUGAAAAAUGAUUAGGUUAUUAGUUGCUGGAAAUUGUUUGUACCCCGCGCCUCGUUAUUGUUGGCUAUAAAUUUGGUUUACCAUGUGUUGUUGUUUAUGGAUGAAGUAUAAUAGUAAAUAGAGGUCUGUUGUAAAGUAUUAUUGAAAAUGUUGUUCAUCUGAUGUGAUGAAAAUACAGCUUCUAUCUA